AUGACCACAAGCAGUGAGGACAAUGCAGAUAGCAGCCAUCCAAAGGACCUGGACCUGGACGAGAGCAGAGCAGGCAGUGUAUCUGCAACCGGGACCACGGGCGCGAAUCCCAGUGAGAACGGUGCUAUUGAUGUCAGCCGGUCGUGUGGAUCUGCGAAGAGCACAAGUGGAGACAUGCAGAUAGUGCCACCUGAUAAGAUCCUGGAUCCAGGAUGUCUCGCAUUGGAUGACAUAGACGUGCGGGGAGGUCCUGCAUCAUUCCCAGUGAUCAACGAUGGACAUGCGAACGUCAUCCACAUUGCUUCUCCAGAGGACGUGGACUUGGAGGAACUAACUGAUCUUGCCCAUCUUUCCGAAGCCAAGCUCUCUAUGAAGUUCAUUCGGGCACUGGAAGGUGCAUCAUUGGAAGACGAGGGAAUGCGAUUAGAUGCAGACACUCUUGAACGUCUUCGCCACCCUCCUCGCAACACAGUUGACAUCGCCGAUCCUGGUCUUUGCCUUGCACUCGACCUCUUCCUUGCAGUUGGCAAUUCGUCGCAGGAGACGUAUAACAGUGUUCAUGAUGCAAUCAUGCGACGCUAUCCCGAGGACACACUACUUUCAUAUGACCGAAUCAAGCACCAGGUUGCGCAGCUCAGUGGUGUUGUCUCCCUCAUUCACGAUAUGUGUAUCAAUAGCUGUAUUGCGUAUACUGGCCCAUUUUCCGAACUCGAGACUUGUCCAAAGUGCAGUGAGCCUCGAUAUGACCCUAUUCAGCUGGCCGCGAGUGGUGGGCAGAAGAAAAUUGCACAUCAAGAAUUUCAUACAAUUCCUGUUGGCCCACAACUGCAAGCACUUCGUCGAAAUCCUUCCAGUGCAACAGAUCUCAAUUACCGUGAGAAGCGGACCCAGGAGAUCCUCGAGACUCUCGCACAAAGUGAUGGCACUCUGCCGUCAUACGAGGACCUGCUGGAUGACAGUGACUAUCUCGGCGCAGUUGCGGAUGGUCAUAUCAAUUCUGACGACAUCAUUCUCAUGCUCUCCCUUGAUGGAGCGCAGCUUUAUAGGAAUAAGGCAUCGGACUGCUGGAUUUACAUUUGGGUGGUCUUCGACCAUUCGCCUGAUGUACGCUAUAAGAAAAGGCACGUUUUGACUGGUGGUUUCAUUCCUGGUCCAAAUAAACCCAAAAAUGUCGACUCGUUCCUCUUCCCAGGGCUCCAUCACCUCGCUGCACUUCAGCGAGAAGGGUUGGGUAUGUGGGAUGCUGCACGCGACACCACCUUCCUUUCUCACCCUUUCCUCGCCCUUGCUACAGCUGAUGGACCGGGCAUGAUGUAUCUUAAUGGCUUUGUUGGACACCAUGGACGACAAGCUUGUCGUUUAUAUUGUGACACUAAAGGACGCCACAAGCCAGGAGGUACACAUUAUUAUCCGGCACUGCUCAAGCCUUUGGACUAUGACGUGGAAGGCUGUGACCACGAAGAUGUCGAUAUCAGCAGUAUUCCAUCGUGUUCCCCAGAGAAAUACUUGGAAAAUCUGCGCUAUCUCCUGGCUUCAUCCAGUGAGACUCAAUACCGCAAGAGACGUCUUGAGACUGGAAUCACAAAGCCAAGUAUAUUUCUUGGCUUUUCAUCACGAUACACAUUUGGUGUUCCUGGGUCGUUUGGCUCUGACAUCAUGCAUCUCGCAUCACUCAAUCUUCCCGAUCUUCUCAUUCCACUCUGGUGUGGCAUCUUCGACUGCGACAGGACUGACAGCAGAACAACCUGGGACUGGGCAGUCCUCCAGGGUGAUGUCUGGAAAGUCCAUGGUCAAGCAGUUGCCAAUGCAACACCAUACCUUCCCGGCUCUUUUGAUCGCCCACCACGUAAUUCUGCGGAGAAAAUCUCUAGUGGAUAUAAAGCAUGGGAAUUUCUCAUCUACCUUUUUGGAUUAGGACCUGGGCUACUCUAUGGUGUGCUUCCUGACAAGUACUGGAAGAAUUUCUGCACGCUUGUCUGUGGCAUCCGACUAAUCAAUCAGCAUAAGAUUACGAGCAAGGACCUACAGCGUGCCCACAAAUCACUAGUUCAGUUUUGUAUUGGAUUUGAACAGCUCUACUAUCAGAGGCGAGUUGACCGUCUCCACUUUGUUUGGCCAUGUGUCCACUCCCUCAUUCAUCUUGGCACGGAAGUUGUUCGACUCAGUCCUCCAAUAUGCUCCUCACAGUGGACCAUGGAACGCACAAUCGGCAAUCUCGGUCAGGAGAUACGACAGCCAUCAAAUCCAUUUGCCAAUUUAUCACAACGUGGACUUCGUCGUGCCCAGGUGAAUGCACUCAAGAGCAUGAUUCCAGACUUAGAGCCACUUAAAGAUCAUCUUCCAAGAUGUGCAGUAGAUCUUGGUGGUGGUUAUGUUCUUUUACGUGCCAGGCAGAGAACAGCAGGCCCACUUCGUGAAUGCGAGGCAGUAGCACUUUGGGUUUACAUUCACGACAUGCAUGCACUGGAAGUUGACUCUGCUGCAAUGGCUACUCCUUUGGUUCGCAGAUGGGCUCGUCUUCAGCUUCCUAAUGGCCAAGUUGCACGAUCUGCUUGGAACGAGAAGAAGAAAACACUCAGGAAUGUUCGCAUGGCUCGAAAUGUAAAGCUCCUACUUGAUGAUAAUUUGUGCUUUGCAGAAGUUCUAUUUUACUUCCAGAUGCCAAUCAAUGAUGAGACCAAGUCACUUGCCCUUAUCUCACUUUAUUCACAACCUCACGCUACUCUCCUUGAAGCAUCAUCAUACACGCUGUGGUCGUUGACAUCUCAGGGUGAUACAGCACUUCGAGUUGUUGAUGUGAAGGUAAUUACGGCAGUGGUUGCAAUGGUUCCUCAUAACCCAUUUGAAGAGGCUGGGACACGAUUCUUUGUUGUUGAAAAACCCGGCCUUGAUGUUGCACAUAUGGGUGGGAAUGAUGAAGUGGUCGUGGACAAUGACAAUGGUAUACUAGAGGAGAAUUGA